CUUGUGUGGGUGUUGAUAGGGGACAGAGACUUGUGUGGGUGUUGAUAGGGGACAGAAACUUGUGUGGGUGUUGAUAGGGGACAGAGACUUGUGUGGGUGUUGAUAGGGGACAGAGACUUGUGUGGGUGUUGAUAGGGGACAGAGACUUGUGUGGGUGUUGAUAGGGGACAGAGACUUAUGUGGGUGUUGAUAGGGGACAGAGACUCGUGUGGGUGGUGAAAGAGACUGGGAGUGUAGGUGGUGAUGAGAACAGAAAGUGCGAGUGUUGGAAAAGGUCAACACAAAGCUGGACAUGUUUGUAAGACCAAGUAGUUGUCCAUUAGUGCUACUGUGCUGUACGAGAACACACGUCACUGGUCAGCGGCGGGAUUAUACCAGUCUUUGUAACCAGAACCACUACAACAGAACGGUGAAGUUAAUAUAAUUGUUCUGUCGCCACACAGAAAUCAUGGAUAACCUGAACAACACGUCAUUCAAGUUCUCGACAACAAAGGCAGUGGAUUUAAAAACUUUCCUGAUGCCGUUAGGUGCCUUAGUUAUAGUCAUCAACGCCUUCUCGGCUGCUGCAUUACUACGGUGUAAACACAUGGAGGCCAAACUUCGACAGUUCGCUGUGUGUUUGACAGCCAUUGAUACAUGUGUUGGAUUUAAUCUGUUGUUUAUGGUUCUGACUUACGCCAGCAAUGUUGCCCAGAACACUGUCCCAUGUUACAUAGUUCUAAUGAUGCCCCGGUUCACAGCAUAUGUAGGCAUUUUCACCACGACUGCCUUUGCGAUAGACAGAUUCGCCAGUAUAUACCGCUGGCAUAGUUCAUUUAUCACCAAAGAGAAAACGAAGGCUUUUUGUGUUGUAGUUUGGAUUUUUUCGUUUAUUUUAACACCGGUGUCAUUCCACGGAAAAAACUAUACAUGCGUCUCACAGGAUCAGAUAGAUUAUGAUCGUGAAACGCACGCGCUCUUCAUGAUAAUUCCAAUGUUGGUAUGUUUUGUCACGAUCUCUGUGUGUUAUAUCGCCAUCUACAUCAAUAUUAGGAAACAUCUAAGGAAAACAAAAGACUUAGGAGUGAGUAUGAAGGAAUACGCAUUAACUAUGUUCCAGUCGACUCUUGUGAUUGGGGUUGUCAUCUUUGCAUACCUUCUGUGCUAUGGACCAAUCAGCAUUCUAAAGAUAUAUAAUUUCGUUUACCCGGAUACCAUUUUGCCCACGCGCACAAUCAGGAACGUGACUCAGGUAAUUUUUGUUACCAACAGCUUAAUCAACCCUAUCAUUUACUCCGUGCGAUUCAAAGAAUGCCGUCUUGAGUUAAAAAACAUAUUUUGCUAUUUCAAUAAAGAUAUGAGAAAUAGCAUUUUACAAAGGAAGAAAAUGCUUCAAGCACCGUUUCUUGAAAAUGGACGUAGUGGGUCCUCGGUUAACUCAGCUGGUUAUGUGCAUGAUCACUAUCCGUCCAACAAAAUAGCAAUACCUACAACAACGUCAUGCGCCAGUCUCUAUGGUAAACAAAUAUCCAAACAGCCUGCUGUACCUCCCGCUGAAGAUGAACACAUACCUCCCUGUAAAAGGAAAUCCCCAGUCGAAGAACAUAGUGCGGAAGCUAAAAUUUGUUCACACUCCGGCACCUGUUCAUACAAUGAACAAAUAUGCAGCCUUUCUUCUGACCAUUCCAAUCUUCAAAUUGGUCCUUCUCCUUCUCAAGGCGGUGCCGAAAGUGUUUGGGAUACCGAUAUUUCAACUCCUGACGAUACCGUUUCCGCAUGUUCUGCAGUCGAGGAAAUCUUUCUGGAUUCCCUUGUCUGAUACAAGUUCAAGGCUCCAGUCACCAAAGCAAUCAACAUGCUAUCACCGUGCCGCCAGAUCUUGCCUAUUUUCCACUCCUUUAAGAUUGGCGCAACCAAACCAACCUUUUUAUGCAUUAAGAGUCGACAAAUCGCCAGAUACUAUACGCGGGACAUCUACCAUGAAAUGAAUUGGAACUCCCAGGUUGUCCUUUGAAGUUGGACGUUUUCGGUAGUGCGAUACCUUUUGGGGAAUUGGACUGUGGAUGAAAUUACAACGAAACAUUGAAAGCAAGAGGCCCAGAGGGUCUGCAUUGCUCACCUGGAUAUUUCAGUAAUCAUGGCAAAUUGCUUUGAGUUAUAUUUUAAUCAUUUUUCCUUUGUUUUCGUGCACCUCCCGCUUUGGUUUAAAAAACCAAAGGUGGACCAAAUCCUGUCAUUCUUCAAGGAUAUUUUAAUUGUUUGUUUUUGCAAUACUUCCCCAAUUAAUAUUUCCUCUCCCCGUCCAAAAAUGAGCCACAUCCUUCAUUUAUACAACAUGUGCUCAAUAAUGCUCCAGAACCAAAUUUCAUCGAAAUCCAUUCAAUCGUUCAGGACAAGUAGCGAGUUAAAGGAAAUGUUUACGGACGACGGACGUUGCGCCAUGGCAUAAGCCCUUCGGGCUAGAUUGGCUAAAAAUUGUAAUGACAAACCAGAUUCCUUUGUAACAUCGGGAUGGGUUAAGCAGAAAAGCUACCAGCAUUUCUUUUCCCAACAAGACUAUUCAGCGAAAUACAGC